GUGGGGUCCCGCGUUGGGGGGGGGGGGUCCCGAGGCGCGAUGGGCUCCGAGCCGGGGGGCUGCGUCCUGCGCCGCUUCUCCUGCGAGCUCGGCCCGCUCGGCCGCCCCGACGGGUCCGCCGCCUUCCUGCAGGGGGACACCUCGGUCCUCGCCGGCCUGUACGGCCCAGCGGAGGUGAAAGUCAGCAAGGAGCUGUAUGACAAGGCCACUGUGGAAGUGCUGCUCAAACCCAAAGUGGGGCUCCCGGGUGUCUUCGAGAAGAACCGGGAGCAGCUGAUCAGGAAGACGUGUGAGGCGGUUAUCCUGGGCGCCCUGCACCCCCGAACCUCCAUCUCCAUCGUGCUGCAGGUGAUCAGCGACGCGGGCGCCCUGCUGGCGUGCUGCCUGAAUGCGGCCUGCAUGGGGCUGAUGGACGCUGGCCUGCCCAUGAAGUCGCUCUUCUGCGGGGUGACGUGCGCCCUGGACGCCACCGGGGCCAUCAGCCUCGACCCCACGGCCAAGCAGGAGAAGGAGGCUCGGGCCGUGCUGACCUUCGCCAUCAGCAGCGUGGAGCAGCAGGUGCUCAUGUCCACCAGCAAGGGGACCUGCUCGGUGGAGGAGCUGCAGCGGUGUAUCGCGGCCGCCCAGCGGGCCAGCGGCGCCAUCUUCCAGUUCUACCGGGACUCCGUCCGCAGGAAAUACUCCAAGGCGUGAGGUCUCGGAUCCGUGAAACCGCUCCCGGCUCCUGCCCGGCCGCGCAGGCUGCGUCCGGAUCACCCCAAACCCGGCGUUUGCCACCAUGAACUCUGUGCCGCGGUGCCCAUUAAAAAGGGGGUGUCCCCCCCGUGUGUCCAGCCA